ACUAUUAAAUAUAGUUUUUUGUAUUUCAAUUAGUACAGUCACAGCACAUGCUUCAGCAAAUUUCCACAUCACAGUCCAAAACCUAAAGCCAACUACUGCAGUCUUCACUAUCUUCAGAAGAAUGAAGUCAACCGCGACUUUGAUCUGCUUCUUGCAGCUACUUAUCCUCCUCCUCCGGCAAUCUCUGGCCUCAUCACUAUUCACGAUCGCCAAUUCAAGCUCUACUUUUCCCGAUGAAGCUCUCCCAACCAAAUCCGGCUAUUUACCCGUCAAUCCGAGUACCGAUUCGGCCAUUUUCUACACCUUCUAUGAAGCCCAAGAUCCAGUCUUACCUCUCUCCCAAACCCCACUUCUAAUCUGGCUUCAGGGUGGCCCUGGCUGCUCCUCCAUGAUAGGCAACUUCUUUGAGCUCGGUCCAUACCGUGUAGUUGAUACUCAGGGUGAAAACAUUGCUCUUGAACGCAAUCUAGGCUCUUGGAACCGCAUUUUCGGCCUUAUUUUCCUUGAUAAUCCUAUUGGAGUUGGGUUCAGUAUCGCUGCUACACCAGAAGAAAUACCCAGAGAUCAACACUCUGUUGCGAAGCAUCUCUUUGCUGCGAUCACUGGGUUCAUUGGUUUGGAUCUAGAUUUCAAGAAUCGUCCACUUUAUAUUACUGGUGAGAGUUAUGCUGGGAAGUAUGUCCCUGCAAUUGGAUACUACAUUUUGAAGCAGAAUAUGAGGUUGCCAGAGGCAGAGCAAGUGAACUUGAAAGGUGUGGCUAUAGGUAAUGGGUUAAUAGAUCCACUGACACAAGUGAAAAUUCAUGCUGUAAAUGCAUAUUUUUCUGGUUUGAUCAAUGAGAGGCAAAAGGGUGAAUUGGAGGAAGCGCUGUGGAAGGCAGUUGAGUUCGUUAAAAUGGGAAAUUGGAGCGAGGCAACAAAUGCAAGGUCUGAAGCCUUGGAUUUGCUCCAAAACAUGACAGGGUUGGCCACCUUGUAUGAUUUCACCAGGAAAGUGCCUUAUAAGACAAGUUUAGUCACCAAAUUCUUGCAAUCAGUGGAGGUGAAGAAGAAAAUAGAUGCAAAAGAAUCUAUAGUUUUUGACGAAUGCAGUGAUGUGGUGGGGGAAGCACUUGCAGAGGAUGUGAUGAAAAGUGUGAAGUAUAUGGUGGAAUUGUUGUUGAAGAUGAGCAAAGUAUUGUUGUACGAAGGGCAUUUUGAUUUGAGACUUGGUGUGGUUUCCACUGAGGCUUGGAUCAAGACAAUGAAAUGGGAGGGGAUUGGGAGGUUUCUGAUGGCUGAGAGAAAAUUCUGGAAAGUGAAUGGAGAGCUUGCUGGUUAUGUGCAGAAAUGGGGAAGCCUGAGCCAUGCCUUGGUACUAGGGGCAGGUCAUCUUGUGCCAGCUGACCAGGCAUUAAAUUCUCAGGCCAUGAUAGAGGAUUGGGUUUUGGAUAGGGGGGGCGUCUUUGCUUUUGAGCAAAAUAAGGAUUCUGCAUUAGACUCAUAGGGGUCAGUUCACUCUGAAAUUUGUAGCUGAUGCAUUUGCUGUAGCAACUAGCAAGACUAGGUUACUGUAUGAGUCGGUGAUUGUGGAAGUUGCUAGUAAAUUUCAUUAAUAAUGCGCAUUGGGCUUGUUAUUUCA